ACAUGGGGUGUUCCACCAGGUCUUGACGGUAGUCAUGGGCCGCAUCGACCAGCAGCACACGAAUGUCAGUUCACCGGCUUCCUCAAAGAACUUGAUCUCCAUGGGUGUAAUGAGGCUGGACUCACUGGGGCAGAAUUUGAACGGAGGCAGCUAGAAUUGUCUGCGCUGAUCGAGGCUGUCACACUGUCAGCACAGCCCUUGGAGCGGUCUUGUCUGAGACUCGUACCAAUCCUGAGCGGCAGGUCGAAGGAAGCUGCCCGGGUUUGCCGGAGAAGCGAGUCCAGUGCUACGCACACUCCCAGUGAAAGACAGCCAGGGUGUGCUCUGGGAGCAACACAUCCGAAGCCAAAUGCCAUUUGGCCCCUUGAGUGUCUCGAGACCACCGAUGAAGCGGCUUGUCUCAACCAGGGGCUGGCUGCCAGGGAGGCACGAGCACGUGGCCGGCUCACGCAAGGAAGGUGGAGGCAGAGCGUCCCAAUCCAGCAGAUGAGAGGAAACACCCGUGUCACAAGUAGGUACAGAAGUACGAGCUCGUCUGCCAAGUCUUCCCCUUCGGCAGCUGGCCAGCGCGUGGCUUCUGCUUCUUCGCAGUCCGCCGCCCCAUUAACAGCCUGGCACUAAUCGGUGCACGGACCUGAGCCCAGCCUCCAAGCCCGCAGGCAGCGCCGCAGGCCUGGCAGGGGGACAGGUUCGUGGAGGGACGAGUGCCGCCUCCCCAGGCACACAGAAGCCACCGCCCCGCUCGCAGGGGGCCCUCGGCAGCCGCCGCCCGUUGCAUCGGGUCUCCAGAAAUGUGGCGUCAGAGCUUUGGACUUCUAGAAAAAUCCUACAGCCAUGACACAACAGGAUCCUUUUUGCUGGGGAAGUGGCUCCACGUACCCCUGUCCACAGUGCCUCUGUGUAGUGCUGUGGUGGAUGUUGCUAUCCAGGAUUAUGUGGCUGACGUGGCCUCCGAACUCAUCUACCAGAACAAAAGUCAGGCCUCCAAAGAAGUCCUCUUCGUCUUCCCCCUGGGCCCCGACAUGGCCAUCUACUCCUUCCAGGCCUGCAGUGAGGAUGCCAAGGUCCAGGCCGUGCUGCGGGAUGAGGCCCAGCAGCUGCGUGAGGCUACAGGGGGCUGGGAGAAUCUGGAAUACAUUCAGGAUCAGUCUAACUAUCCGGGUGAGGUGUUUGUCUGCUUUCUGGGCACCCUGCCCCCUGGCAGGGAGGUGGUCGUGACUUUGCGCUAUGUCCAAGAGCUGCCACGGGAGCCAGAUGGAGCAGCCCGUUUUGUGCUGCCACCCACACUGCAUCCCUACACAAAACACUAUGUCUGGAAUUGUCUCACCAGCAAGCUGCCCUACAGCCUGCUGCUCACUGCUAGCCUGCAGUCACCCCGUGGAGUGGCCAACGUCCAGGCCAACUUCGCCCUCACCCCUUUGAUCUACACUGCCCGGGACCGCAGCACUGCACAGGUCUCACUGGCUGGCAGCCCCCCGGGUGGGCAUGAUUUGGAGCUGCUGGUGUAUUUUGGAGAACCCACUGCAGUCAGUGCUGUGGUGGAGAAGGGAGACCCUGGGGCCCCUCCAGGCUCCCUGCUUGGUGACCCCAUGGUGUUGGUGAUGCUGGCACCCAGUAUCCCUGAGGCAGUGCCUGGGCAGCGCCUGUCUGGAGAGUUCAUCUUCCUCCUGGACACCACUUUUCUUGAGCAUGCACAGGACUGCCUGCUCUUCCUUCUCAAAAGCCUGCCCCUGGGCUGCUACUUCAACAUCUACUGCUAUGGAGAAAGCUCUGUGGGCAUCUACCCGCAAAGUGUUGAAUAUACUCAGGACAACCUGACCGAGGCCAUGCGGCGCAUCCCCUCCGCCGGCUCCAGUCUGGGUGACACCAACCUGCUGGGAACCCUCCGCUCAAUCUACAAGACCUCCCGCCCCCGCGGGCAUACGCGCCAGCUCUUCAUCUUCAUGGCCGGGCCACCCCCCGACAAGGAAGCCAUCGCAGCUGAGGUCUGCCGCCACCGCAACAGCCACCGGUGUUUCUCCUUCUGCUUCUCUCAGGACAGCGCUGCCUUAGCUACAGCCCUGGCCAGCGAGACGGGAGGUGAAGCUGCCUACGUCUGCUCUGACAACAGCAUGAUAUUUGUGGUGUUGAAGUGCCUGAAGCGGGCCCUCAAGCUAGCAGCUGAGGAAGUCUCUCUGAGCUGGACCCUGCCCUGUGGCCUGGAGGUGGAGGUGCUGGGGGGCACCCCUCAGUCCAUCUUUCAGGGUCAACACAGCCUUCUCUAUGCCCAGAUCCACGGACAGGCACAGGAUACCACGGUGGCCAAGGGGGUCAUGACCUUGACGUACAGCCUGGACGGCCAGGAUGUCAGUCACACGAUUGAAUUCCCACUGUGCCCACAGGGAGAUGGACGGCUGGCUGGGCAUCGCCUGGCCGCAAGAUGCUUGCUGAAGAGGUUGUUGCCAGAGGCUGCGAGUGGGUCAGGGGAUGAACCCAGGCAUCGCGCAGUCGAGAUCAGCCUCGCUUCGGGGAUCAUCUGCCCCUUUACCAGCUAUGUGGGGGUUCGCACGUCACAGAGGGUCACCUGGUACCGAGGGCCCCUGGCACUGUUGCCACCCCGCCAGUCACUCAUCCCCUGCCAGACCAUUGAGCUUUGUGGCUCCAUUAUGAGCAGCUCCUGCCGUCAUAGGGCAAUCUGGGUCCCACCUGGCUGGCUGACAGCAGUGUGUGCAUCAUGGCUUGCCCUCCGUCGACUCACCCAUGGCAUUGCUCACCUGUCCCAGCAGGGGGCUUGCUCAAAAGCAUGUACACCACCACCACCACCUAUUUCUUCUCUCAAGCACGUGAAUCCCAGGGAAUUUGUUCUGUGGUCUCGAAAUUCUGGGCCUUGGUCCAGCGGAGACAUUGCUGAGUGCCAGGAGCUGGUGGCACUGCAGAAUGUAGAUGGCUCCUGGGCCCUCAGCUCAGGCCUGGCCUCUGUGCUGGAAGUCGAUGAGGCUGAAAUCAAGGGAAAGAUGCCUGGCGAGGUCCUGGAGCCAAGCAUCUGGGCCACAGUGCUGGCUCUGACCUGGCUGAACAGAAAUGACAAGUGUUACCGAGACCUCUGUGAGCUGCUGGAGGCCAAGGCUGUGACCUGGCUAUGCAGCCGAGCUGUGUCCCAGCUGGACAAGUGCCUGGAGGCAGCCAAUACCCUCCUUGGGAGCACCGUGGAGCCAAGUGUCUUCAGGCUCUGAGCUCAACACAUGCCCUGUGCUACAGACCAGCAGCACCUGCAGAGCUAAAAAGGGCCGGAAAGUAUAGCCUAAAUUCACCUACCGUGCUGGGAUACCACUGUUGCUACCAGCUGGGGUCUUACC